AUGAAUAGUAUUAUCGCAGUAGACAUCAUCCCAGACAACAACGGCAAAGUCGCCAUGUAUGGCGCACCGAACAGAGAGGUGAAUCACAAGUUGACCGGAAAAAUCAGAAUUGUCCUCUCCAAGCCAUUAAAAGCCAAAGCAGUUGUCAUCAAACUCAAAGGGAGAUCGGAUUAUUCCGACUGGGAAAACCAAUAUGCUAGUGUUGAUGUACUCAGAAUGGAGAAAGUGCUCACCGAAAAAGCCGUACUUCCGAGAGGGGUAUCUGACUUGGACUUUGAAUUCAACAUUCCCGGCCACGUUCCCCAAACGUACGUUACUAAUUUCGGAAUGAUCAAGUACACACUAGUUGCUAUUGUGCAACCAACUUCACUUCUGGCCAAAGUUGGUCGAGCUGAGAAAAGCAUACAUUUUGGCAGAUAUUACUUAACAUGCAGUAGAGAUCAACUUCCCGCCCCCCCCACGAAAGUUUAUCAAGGUCAACGAAAAUCUAUACUCAAAUACGAGUUGGAUGUACCUACCGUCGUAGGUGCAAACGAAAAGAGCAUGCUACUUCGAGUACGUCUAUUGCCUCUCCGUGAGGAGGGAUUGCUAAAAAAGAUUACCUUCUCGUUGACGCAAUCAGAGAAAUACAGAGUACAUCCAACCGAAGAAGAUAUUCAAGAAUAUGCAAUAGAAGGAGCUCGCUUGAUCGGGAACGUUCAAUUAAGUGGUUCAAGUGGAAUAAAACGCAAACGAUCGCAUCCAAUUAAACCUACUUCGCUUACAAUCUCUCAUCACGAAGACUGUUGGAAUAACCCGCUGACCUACAACCUUCCAUUCGAGAGAUACAAUUCGGCUCGUAUAGUUGGAGGAGUUACUCGCAAGACGCGACUAAAGCCCACCAUAACAUCUCCUUUAGUAUCUGUCAGGCAUAAGCUCAAGAUAACAAUGUCAUUCGAGGAUGGAAGAGAGAGAGAUCUCGAACUAGGGUUUCCUCUGGUCGUUACUGAUAUUCCGAGCGAUGACCUUGGUACAGAAAGCAUUGAUGGCAGUCUCCCGACAUAUGAUGAUGUCAUAAAGAGCAUCGAGUCAGUGUUAGCUCCGAAUGAAGUUGAAGCCAUAUCUAGACCUAUCACGCCAGUCGAAGGAAGAGAGGGAGAUGAUACAUGUUAUUCCAGUUCGCCUUCAAUGGCGGGACCCAAGAAAAGCACUCGCAGGUUAGCUCAAACGAUCGGCCGAUGGCUACACCGCUCAGAUUCUUCCAAUAGCACCAGUUCCACCGCUUCAAGUACUACAAACGUUCAAACCCAACCUCGCUUAGAGGUAACCCCGACCCUGUCGCCCAGCUACCCCCCUUCUUCCAAUGAUAGAAUAGCGCGUAUGUACAGUCGCACUGGCCGUCCCAGUUGGUAUCUGAAUCUGCCCGACGAGGAUGAUAUACCAACGAUCACUCCUGAAAUCCAUUCGGCUCCGUCUAGUCCGCAUGAACAACCGAAUAACGUGAUUGGAUUCGAUCGUAUACUUGGGAAUAGUUUAUGUCCUCCACCGAGGCAUCAUCGGAAUUCACACCGACGAAGCGCCUCUUUCGAUCCAUCGAUAAACGGAAAUGUUGGCAUGGAUAGCGGGAGUGAAAACAAUCCAAAUAGGAAUACAAGUGAUACGGGUAAUAAGAGUAAUCCAAAUACAAAAUUGAGGUAUUCUAAUAGUAUGAAUGGUUUAAGAAAUCGUAUGGGAAAUAGUUGUGCCGUUGCUAGCCCCACUUUCGGAGUAUGGCCGUGCGAGCAGAACCGUAUGAGCAAAGCUAUGUAA